AUGAUGUCUCAGACAGAACUUUUAGCCUGGUCAGAGCCGGACACGAAAUUUUUUGCCGACAAUCUGCUGGGAGUUGAAGAUUGGGGUUAGUAUUUUUGCAUGCGUCUUCAACGUACGCUUGGGUUUCAGCUGAAACCAGAAAAUGAAAUUUGUUUAGCUCAUUUAUCUCACCUAUACUUUCUUAUUUUUAAUUUUAGGGGACUCUAUCGCAGACGUAAAAUUCAAUCCGGAGGAUUUACUUUUAGGAAGCGAAAGCCAAAGCUUGGAAAUGGAGGUAAAAUAUCUAGCUUCAGACGAUGUCGCUCUGUGUCAUUUCAACUUGCGUGAGUCACUCGUGCGUGAACUUUAUUAGCUUUCCUUUCCAAUUAAAACGCGAACGUCAUGGUUAUUCGUCUAGAGUAGUUCAUCUUCAGUGACUUAAUGUGAGCAAACCCUUUAUUCUACAUCCUUAGUCAUAAAAUCUUUAUAAAGGAAGCCUCUAAGUUGUGUUAAAAACAGUUCCGUGGUUGCUUGCAAUUCGGCCGGCCUGAAAUGUGAGACUUGAAGCAAAGCUUCCGCAUGCAAAAUAUUUUUAGCAUUAUCGUUUCUAGAGGAAGUACUAACAAAUGAAUUCGAUAUCUUAAGAGUUCUUAUAAAUGAAAGGAUAUUAUUCUUAGAGAAUGUCACAUGCAAUAAUUCUAAGGGUUGCGCUCUAAAAAAAGGUUUUAGUUCUGUGAAUAUAAUCGCUGUGGCCAGCUGUUAUUAGUAUUCAGUGUAGUAUUCCUUAGAAAACCAAACACUAGACCUUACGUUUUACAGCUAUUAAUUUUUUAGUAUUCGUGUUUAAAUCCCUCUUUUGGCUAGUCUUUUUUGACAUUUGCAAUGCGUUUUUCCUAUGCACUGAGAGAUCGAUAAUGUCAGACAAAGGGUAUUGUGUAACAAUGCUGCUGUAAAAUCUUGCUUCCAGGGCGACCGUAACUUUCUUGAACUAUGCUUUUAGACUGAUAACGACAAAUCCAUAUUUUUUUCAGACUAAUUGUGUCCUUGUUAACCUGAUUUUUCAGAUACGUUGUGUUAGUGAAAAAGACCCAUAUUUAUAUUUUUAAUGGAAAUAGGUGUAAAAUAUUAUUUUACCAUUCGCUAUAAUGCGUCUUCUGUUGCAAUUUUAAUGAAACAUGUUUCGUUGUUGAUUUCUUCUGCUAAGGACAAAGACGAUCAAUUCAGUGAAUUUUUAUCAAGUCUUGCUUCUGAUCCCCCUUCACCUAUGCUUGAAGAUUUCAAUUUUACUUCAGGUGAGUUCCUCAAGAAAUUUAUUAAAAUAUUACAUCAGUCUGUUCUUGUUUGGGAUUAUUUAUUCAGCUUUCUCUAUAAAUGUAAAUGUUUCUCAUGUAAAUGCCAACUAUGCUGUCACUCAACAGGUGUCUGUGUUAAAGAAGAACCUCCUUCUCCUUCCUCCUCAAAUUCAUCUUGUGCUUCUCUACCAAGCUCACCAGAAAAUCAGGUACACAGAAUAUCAUUAAAGUAGAGAAUGGGAGAUACCAUAGUAACUUGAAAAAUAUCGUUGAGAGAAUUUCCAAAAUUGUCCACACAUAAAAUGUAAGUUGUAGGUUAGAAUGGUCCCAACUUGUAGUUUGAUUCUCAAUUUCCAAACUCUAAUUAUUCAUGAAGUUAGAAAACAAAAGAAAAUGAGAAUUUUAAACCUACAAAAGUGCCAUUUCCAAGUUGUCCCAAACCUCUGUUCUAAAGCGAACGUCAUGCUACGUGUGAAUCCAUUAAUAUGAAAAUGAUUCUUUAAUCUCGUGCAAAUAAAAGUCUUUUUUCCAAGAAAGAUUUUGCAGUUAGCCUUGUUUUAAAAGUGAGAGGUUUUGGAACUAGUAGAUGGCUUAUUAGGUUGAAACCAUUUUAACCUUACCUUCAUUUUGACCUGUAAAACAUAUGUCAAUUUUUAAAAAGAACCUACAAGAAAUGUCUUCAAUAGUUGAGUCUAAAUGAGGAAAAGUUAAUGUACAGAAUUUUUAUGCUGAGCUACAGUGUAUAGUCAGGUUCAUCACACAUGUAUAAAAAGUUACACAUGAUGUCCAUAGCAGAAUCACAUUCAUCCAUUUUAUAUGAAUCAGUAAUUUUGAUAUUAAUUUUUCUGAAGAAAGAAAUUGUUUUGUAGUCAAUGGAAGAAUACUAUUUACAUAAUUUAUUUCUACACCAUAUUUGGUUAAUGUAUUUAUUUAAACACACACCAUAAUAAGUCAUGAAUACUGUGACACCCCAUACCUUUGCGUUUGACACCUUUAUUAAAUUGCAUUCAAGGGAUCCAACAUUUUUUCAAAGGAGUUAAUGAAAGAAUAUUCAAACAUCAUUAUGCCGGAGAAUUCCUUCUAAGUGUGGAGGGAAGUGAAGUUUGGAAGAUUUGAGUUUUUUUAAGCAUAGAUCGAUUCUCAAAUUUUUUGUUCUUCAUUCAAGUUGCAGCCUGCAGUGAAACAACAGUACAAAGAAUCAACAAAUAGCAAAUCUUUGUUGUUUCCAUGUUGAUUUACAAGUAUACUUUGAGAAUUAUUAAGGGACUGGAAAAAUCAUCUGUCAUAUUGGGAGUACAGUAAAUGUAUUGGUGUCUGUUCCAUACAUGUUACUAUAACUUGAACAAAGAAUGCCAUCUUAUACCUCCAGGCUUCAUUAUAUAUGUACAUGUACAUGUAUAUGUAGAAAUUAGCUGUUCUUGGGUUUCACUUUAUUAUUCAUUGUAUACUGGUAUUUAAACUAAAAUUCUGCAUACAUGUAAACCUAGAUUGGUAUUGUUAUUAUCAUCAUUAUCUGGGUUAUCAUCCUCAUCACCUUCAUCAUCAUCAUCAUCAUCAACACAAUUAUCACCAAUUCUUAGUCACGUAAUGGGGAAUAAAAUGUCCAUUCAAUUUAUAUCUGGUGUAAAAAAAUUUCCUUAAUCCAUAAUUAAUCCAGUAAUAAUAUUACAAUAUUAUUCAAAGUGUUGUUUCGUUUCUUGCAGUUUCUUAUAAAUGGAGAAAGUUCACCUGUCCAUCAAUCUAGUGAUUCAGAUUUUGUGUUGCCGCAAACUAGCCUUCUACCAAAUGCUCUAUGCAUCAAAACAGAAGCUACUCUUACGCCAGUGUGUAGUGUAAAACAAGAAAGAACACCUGUGGCAUCAUGCAAUGUCAAACCCAUUCAACCAAUGCCAGUUACCUCUGUUCCUGUCAGUAUCCAAAAAACUCCAGUUGCCAAACCUGCGGCAGGUAUAGUGGUUGUCUAGAUUAAAAUUUUCUAGAUCUUAUCAGUUUUACCAAUUUCUGUGAACUCUCUUCCUGUAGACCUGUUUCUCAUGUCUGAAAGUAAAUUCAGUUAUUACAGCCAGUGGAUACAUUUUCUCAAAAUGUUCAUUUGCAAAAUAAACUAGAACCAAUGUGAGAAAGAAAAAAGGCUAUGGUAACUUUCCUUGAAAUCCUAGAACUCUCAAGACGAAUGAUUCAUGUCUAUGACUCAAAAAAAAGUUGGCUGUUUAUCCAGUGUUGACUUGAAUAAGUGAUUAUGAUAAGUUGGUUCACCCUUAGUAUUGACUUGAAUAAGUGAUUAUGAUAAGUGUCAGCCCAGAAUAAUUACCCUUUCAACAACAAGGCAGUGCUAACAUGCACUCUCAGAGGCUUAUGCAGCAAUGCAGCUCAUUGACUCUGAUGAGCAAGAAGAAAAAGUGGUUAAGCCAUUCUAAAAACUGAGUAAAUUAUUGUUUUCAUUGUUGUUUUUGUAGUAUUUUUUAAAUUGUUUUUGCUGAUUAGUUACCACGGUAGUUGUUAAGGGUGGGACAUCACAUUGUUGUUUUUUGUUCAGAUCUUUCUUGGUAAGUGGGGUUGGGCAUGGACCUUCAAGACUGACUUGCUGUAUUUUGUAAAUGUUGUGCCAAUUUCACUAAAUAACUAAAAGAAAGAAAGAGUUAAGGUUAAUAUUACAGUGUGUUAAUCAUAAGUGAAAUUUAUCACUUCCCCCAAAAUAUAUUUUGUCCUCAAAUAGACACUGCAAAAUUUGAGCAACACCACAACACAUUUAGAAACAGAUAUGGCCAGUGUUUUUUAAGGGUGGUUUAAAGUUAUGGUACGUCUAUGUAAGGCCAUUUUAAAUUUGUCUGCUCAAUUUAUAUCUUGUGGAAUAACUCAUUCAAGUCUUUUCUUGUUACCAGGUAUUCCAGUCUAUAUUCCUUGUACUGGCACAAUACCAACCAAGACAGUGGUAUCUGUUGUGGUUGGGGUAAGAGUCUUACAAAAAUUUAUUUUAAUGCUUAUUGAAUUCAUGUAUUAAAAUUUAUUUAGAAAUGUUGAGACUCUAGUUUUUAUUAUGCUGAUACAGACAGUACAAAAUUAAUAGUCUUAAACGGAUGGAAAUUCAUGUUAAAAUGCACACAGCAUUGCCAGAUCCAGACCUUGAGAUAAGGGGGAGGCCUAGUCAUCCAGACCCUUAGAUAAGGGUAGGGGGGGGGGUCCCUCCAAAAAAUUGUUUUGGCCCUUCGGGCCGCAGUUUGGUCUAAAAGUAAGGGGGGAAUGAGCCCCCUGGCUCCCUCCCCUAGAUCCACCACUGCACAGGGUGCAUUUUAUCAUCACAGACAUAAUUAUGAGGAGUAAUUUUUGGUUUUAUUUUGUAAAUUUUAUUAUAGAGCAAAGUUAAUCCUGCCAUUCCCAAGACAGUAAAUGCAAGUGUAACUGCAACCAGUUCUUCCACAGAGGCUGAUGUGAGUAUUGUCGAAUGUGGCUUUGAUUUUAACAGCAUAAAUGUAGCUUUACCAACUCUGUGCUUGCAGUCAAUGCUCCCUGCACCUGUAUUUUCUUGGACAGCCAUUGAACAUGUAUUUGAAACCUUUUAAAAGAUACUCAGUGUUGUACGGCUCUUAUGUAUGUGCUUUGUGUAGUUCAUUUUGGAGGAUGUUACAAAAUUUUCAGUCAAGAUUUGUUUAGCACCAAAGGGCUGAGUAUUUUCCCUAGCUACUAUUAAUCUUCCCCUCUGGCUACAAAAGGAAAAUAGACCAAACCAAAGAACUUCCUAGCUGUUCAAUUCCUGUCUACUGCAUACGCCCUUGGAACAUACAAGGCAUGUAAAUCUCAGUGAGAUCCCUGUACAUGUCCAAGACACUGAUAUGUGCAUCGCCCAAAUGAGUUUGCACCAAUUUUCCAUAAUCAUUUAUUUAUUGUUGCUGAUCUUACAGGCAAAGCUUUUAAAGAGACAGCAAAGAAUGAUUAAAAACAGAGAAUCCGCUUGCUUAUCAAGAAAGAAAAAGAAAGAGGUAUUUGAGAGAUGCAAUGUAAUCGUUAGCUCCAUUGUCUUUAUACCCUGGGGGAAGGUGAGGCACUCCCUCUUAUGACCUAUAGGUCAUAGGUUUGUGUAGGUUUGUGUAGCCCCAUACCCUUUAAGGCCAGAAAUUGGAUAAGGUUUUGUGCCCUUCUGGAACCUGGGUCUGUUUAGUUGGAGGGUUGUGGGGGAGUGGGAAGGUUCUUAAUCAUGUAGAACUCCUAAGUUUGAGAACAGCAAUUUAGUUCUACAAUAAGGUACUGAGAAAUUCGAUUAUUUUGGUCUGAAAACAGUGUCAAGGUUUCAAAACACGUGGCACCCAUCCCCACCCAAAAUUUUCAGGGCUCCUUGCUUCUCCUCUCUCAGUCUUCUUUAACAAGUGCAGUUAGAGGAUGGUCCUGUACUUAGAAGAGCUGAUGUCAGGUCUCAUUAGUGCAUAAAGCGGGAUGUCAAUGUAUUUUUUUAUUCUUCUAGUAUUAUUUAUUUUAUGUUUGAUCAUUAUUUUUUAUCAUUUGUGGAAGAGGUUAAGGGUUCAUUAAAAUUGUUACUCAACAGUACCUACAAAGCCUUGAAAGUAAAGUGAAGGAGAUUUCAAGCUUGAAUGAAUCAUUGAGAGUGCAGAAUGAAAGCUUAAAAAGGAGAGUCGGUGAACUAGAGGCAGAGGUUUGUGACCAUUCAGUAUUGUGGGUAGUAACUCCUCAAUGAAGGUGCACACUGUAUGUUCUUACUACUAGCUUGCGGGUAAGCUCUCCAUAUUGUGAAAAGUAGAUGCGCAAGAGGCUCACCCAAAUAGGAGAGCUUGCUUGCAGGCUAUCUUACUACAGGGUCUGCGCAUGCCUUGAAAGUUCUUGAAUGUCCGUGAAUAAUUUCAAAUAGAUAUUAAAGACAUAAUAAUCAUAAUAACUUUAUUAAAGUCUCAAGCUUCUAGCUUAGCACCACUGCUGAGACUGAUCGACAUUUAAGUACAUGUAUAUGUACUUGAAAAUUGUAGUGGAAAGUCCUUGUAAUUUGUUGCCUAGUUCAUACAACUCAGAUUCAACAAUAAAAUGUUCCCGGCAGAAUAGUAAGCAUAACGAAGUAGUGAAAAGCAGAUAAAAACGAUUAUUAUUGCCUUGAUUUUGUACAGCAUGGAGUUCUUGAAAAAAGAGAAUUGUGUCCUUGAAAAUCCUUGAAAAGUCCUGGAAUUUUUUAUUUAAAGCACGUGUACAAACCCUGCUCCUUAGUGAACUUGAUUCUUAAUCUUUAUCCAGCUGCUUCUCUGCCGCUGAAUAAGUGAAGGCAGACAAACUGUCUUUGUUUAAAUUUUUUUAUUGUAAAUUGAUAGAAGAUGGCUAAUUUAUUAUUCCAGCCAAUGAUUAUGUAUUUGUUUAUUAACAGAACAAUCUAUUGCGGAGUCGUCACCCUGAACUGACGAGUACCAUAAAGAAAUCUACCUGCGUUUUAGCAGUUAUUUUGUUUGUAGCUUUGAACGUUGGUCCUUUUAGGUGAGUAAUUCUAGAAAUAAAAUAAAAUAAAAUAUGAGACAGUUUUACACUGUUUAAGAAAGCCUACAGACAUUUUGUGUAGUCAAGUGGAGGAAAAUACAGCCACUGCUUUUUUGCUUUUUGGCUUCCUCUGUUAACUAUAUUCCAUUUGCCACCAUAAAAUUUGGAAAAUUUGGUUCACAAGUUUUUGUUGAAUGGUUUGUAACAAUAACAAUCACACAGCAGAUAAAACCAAGGCAUAAGUUUACUUUUGUUUCAAUAGCUGGACUAUCAAGCCCUAUUUUAAAAAUAUUACUUCAUUUAAUUAAAUGUGUUAUUUUCAACCACAGCAAUUUGAAAGAACAGUGGAAAUUGAACAGAGGCGAUCUUAUUCCCAGUUCUAUGAUUCAUCAUGGAAGAGCACUUUUAAAUUACCAAGGAGACGACGAGAGAACUGACCUUGAUAAGCCGUUAGUGUUUGGACCUGUCAGGCAGACAGUUGCCAAAGCAGCAGAUCCAAGCAUGCUUAACACAUCUCAGAAGAAGUCGUCAUUAUUUAAGAGCAUAAACACUGAAAGAAGGGAUUUAAUGGUGAUUAAGAACAAAUGGGAUUUCUUAAAUGAUCCGAGGCAGAGGCGAAAGAUCAGUAAAAAUAAGAGGAGGAAUUCCAAGUCAAGACAAAAGAUUGAAAGUAAACAGAGAAAUGGGACGCUAGACGAUCAGUUUUACUGUCCAACUUCAUUUAACAAGACAGAAGUUACCAGGUAUAGUUGUUGCCCCUGUCCAAAGUUAAUUAUUUUCUUUUUUCUAUCUCUUUUAUUUCCAGAAAGUUCCUCCCAUUACUGCUUUUCCGCUUGUAAUUAUCGCUUGUAUAAACUGAAUUAGUAAAAUCCAACUGGUGGUCUAUUAUCAAUGCUGCGUUCUCAUUGGGUGAGCUACUACUAGGCUAUAUAUUAUAGCCCACAAGUACCGCAAAGCGCCGGCUUUUUGGCAGCCAAAAAGGCUUUAAGUCUAGCUUUAAGUAGCUAAAGUUGUUUAGUCUCGGUAUUUUUGACCAACUAGUUGGAUUUUACUAAAACAAUUAUUCACUUGUUGGAAGUCUUCAAACCAAUCAAACAUCUAUGUCGUUUUUCCUUUUUGUUUUGUGGGAUUUCACUUUUACACUAGGUAGAAACAAGGGUGAAAUGUUUAAAAUACUUUAUAAGCAACGUCGGAUAUAUAUUUACGUGUCACCUUGUUUUCGUUGAAACCGCGUCGCGACGGAGAAAAGAUAUUUCCUUAGAUGAGGCAGCGAAUACUUGUGUUAUCCUCCACGGUUCGUCGAAUGUAUCUUAGGCACUAGACUACAACCAGCCUCUCUUUUUUCUCAGUCGGUCGAGCGAAACGCGCAAGACGUGACAUCGACCAGGCGUAUGAUGGAAGGCGCGAGAUGGAAGAGAGACUGUUAGCAAUCUACUUAGGCACUAAAUUUUCAUCCCUUUCUUUCUUUAACCAGCUUCAAUUUCAUUCCGUCUGCGAUCGAGACGUAGUUCGUUUGUUUAAAAAAUAUUGAAAAUUUGAAACAUCAUUUCUUAGCUCACAUCGGACUGGAAAACAAAAUCGGUAUAAUCCACAUAAAAUUGUCCUUGUAAUAAAUAGCCAACCAUGCAACGUUUAUAUGUAUCCCGCAGAAUAAACGAAGCCCUGGUUGGAUGGGUGAAAAGAUACGAAGAUCAACGUGUUUUAAAACAGCAAAAACACCGACGCAGGCAGACCAAGGUGGGACUGACUCUUCAUCACAAUCUUUUCUGUUAUUUGCUUUUUUCAUCUUUAGGCUAUGUUCAUACUGUACUGGAUUGAUCGGGUAACUUAUAGUGUGAACAGAACCGGCACAGAAGUGGAACUGGUCGUUCACACCCCUCAAACAUUAGGGUCCCCAAUAGGGUUCUUCAAUCCCGUAAUCCCGACCCAAAAUUUCGUUCAAGCUCGUACUCCCGAGGGUUGUUUUUGGCAGCCCACCUCCCGCGCAAACUUCCAAUCCCGAAUCUCGCCCCGACUCUGCUUUAGAAUCCCGAAUCCCCAGCCCGAAAUAAGGGAAAUCCAGGAUCCCGAAAAACCUAUUGACGACCCUCAGGCAUCGUGCCGGAGCUGUUGGCCGAGAGGGUUUGGUUCUCUAAUUCCCAAUCUUCACUCCUGAAAAUUUACUUCCGUCCAAGUGGGUUCCAGUCCUCCUUUCUACUUUUCACUUCCGCCACGGUCCGACUGUUCACCCUGCACCAUUAAGUGUGGCACAGAACCUAUCCGAUAUGUGACGCUCCUCUUUCCAAAUCGGCGCGGCGCAGCUUCGCGCUUGUUGCAGAUUUCGCGCCGAAAUCACUGUUCUUAUAAAUUAUGUAUAAAUAGACGCUCUAUCUGGUAUGAUUAAUUUCUUACCGGAGUAAAACUGAGGAAAAAAUGAGGAAACAGAACUAUGCUAACACAGUGUGUUUUAAUUCACUUUAGGUGGAGUCCGCCAUCAAAGAGCUGGCCUUGAGAUUUGCUUCCAACUGUACUUCAGAUGUAAAGCGAAAAAUAAACAGGUAAUUAGACUUGUGGAAUGAGAUCUUUUUCGCAAUCACUAUCAGAAACUAGAGAGCGUAUGUCUAAGUAACUUCUGUUUGCUUUCUUGGUUUGUCAGACACAAGUUUUCGCGCAGGCACAACCUGGCCUCUACGAAUGCUGUUCAGUUGUUCAGAAGCUCAGAUAAGUACGUUUUCUUUGGGAAAAAAUCUAAUGAACUUAAAGCUGUUGUGCUUGAAUCCUGUAUGUUUCUGAUCGUUUUGUUUAUUUAUUGGUAGAUAUGUAUUGGGUGCCGUUAGUGACUCGCUCAUCAGGUGUUCAUGAAUGUUACGUUAGAUUCUCGCGCUUUCGGUUAUAUUGGUUCAUUAUACGUUUCUGGGAAACUGCCCACCUACCCCUCCCCAAAGCCAACAUUAACACCUACUUCUCACUUAGGGCCAAGGUUGGCUUAGUGGAGGGGUUGGUGGGCAGUUUCCCGGAAACGUUUUUCCACUCUCACCGUUGCCCAAAAUACUUUGUUCUUGACUUUUUUCCCUCCUUCAAUGAUAAGCACAUUCGCGCUUUUUCAGGUUUAAGACUUUUGAGGAAGAAAUAAACAAGAAACCGGACACUUUAUACGUGGUGUCUUUUCGGGCAGUAAGUAUAAGCACUUUUAUUUUCAAGAAAUCUUUUGACUUGGCUAUCGUUUUCUGUGGGAAAGCGUUUUGUAAACCUUUUUGAUAUGCUUUGUUUCCAGGACCACCUGGUAUUUCCUGCUACAGAGUACAAUGCAACUCAACGGCCUAAGAUGUCGUUCAUGAUAAUGGCACCACCGAACAGUAAGUCGUCGUUGUUGCUGUUUGUUUAUUUGUGGCCUGCUCCAAAAAUCUCGCUGAUACAGUGUGUAAGGGAGGGUUAAAAGGUUUUUCUUAUCUUUUUUUAGGAACAGAAUGGCAGCAAGGACACAGCGUAAACACAGACGAGAUCAGUAUGAUGCAGAUAGACUGCCAAGUCAUGGACACAAAGAUUGUAAACAUCAAAAGAUCAAGCAUACCCGUGCAGCACUCGGACAGUUCACACUUUGGCACGCCGUCAGUUACCGUGCCCAAUGGGAACGCUUACGUGAAGCCCGCGAAAUAAAACGUCCUUACUCUUUUUCUAUGAUUGAACGUUUAAAGCAAUUAUAAGAGUUCGUUUUAUUUCACCGUUGGAUCCCGUCUCUUGAAAGUCUUGUUAACUUUGCUAGCUCAAAGCCAUAUUUUAAAAUCAAACGUAAGGAAUGAUAGUGCGGAUUCUUGCCCAAAGACCACUCCAAUUUAUUUCGUCAACUAGGAGCUUGAAAUAUUGAUUUUUUUUUUUCAAAAUAUUUAAUUUUGGAUGUGUAUUAUUACAUUUACAAACCGAAAGAACUCUCUGCCUUCACGAGUGUUUCAAGUGUGAAAAACGGAAGCUGAACUUUGAGUUGCGAAUUGUGUGCAAGAAUUUCUUGAGUGUGACCUUUCUAAUGACACUGGCACGUGUGUCAUGUGCACUGGCACGUGUGCCAUGUGCACUCACGCGUGCACAUGGCGGCUGUGAAGUAAACAAUCGUGUCAGAAACCCAUGAGAGUGUUGCCGUUCGAAUGUAAGAUGUUGUAGAGCGUCAUCCUCGUCACGUCUUGGUAAAACAGAAACUGUUGCCUUGUAGAAGUAUGUGCUUUACCUUUCUCGCCUCAUAGAAGGGGUUCCGGAAGCUGGGAAAUUUUUGCUGGUGAUAUUUGGAAUCCUGCAGAAUGCAGAAUACAGUUCAAAGAAUCCGUAAUCCCAUUAACGAUUGCAAUCCGGAAUCUAAAUUCCACUAACAAAAAAUCCGGGUUCCAGUACCCGGGUCCGAAAUCCAGAGCGAGGAUUCCUGAAUACAAGACUGUAUUGGAUUGGCUCGCGUUCACGGCGACAGAGUGUUCAUUAAAAUAUUUUGUAAUUUUUACUCGGGAAGGUGGAGGUUUUAGAAAGAAAAACUCUUCUUCAGUACAGUUUGUGAAAUAACUGUCCAUUACAAUGUUAUUAAACGCAUAAGCGUUUUAAAAAAAUUAUAAAUAGUUAUGAAGCAUCUUCAAUUUGCUUAAAGUGCAAGAAUGUAUCAUGCCAAAAAAAACAUUUAUUGUUCAAACGCCAAACGCCUUUUCGCAUCCACAACUUCACUAUAUAAGAUAGAAUUGCCAGCACCUUUGUAUAUGUUGUUCAUUGUGUAUUUCGCCGAGAUCUUUGUUUUUACGAGCCCGGCACCAUUUGUUGUGGAAUACCGAGUGUAAAGUGAGACAUUCUUGUAACUACUGUGUAUGAUGUUUAAUACAAGAAAAAACUAAACAACAUUUGUCAAAAAAAAAAAUAAACGAAGUAGAUAGCGCCGUUUUGUGCGUCAUUACUUUAUAUUAUCUGGGACCGG